AGACUAGGGUUGGGCCGAGAGUCGGAGCCAUUACUGCAGGAAAAGGUCCCGCAGAGCUGAGCAGUCAAGAUGGUGGGGCCCAGGUCCUGGGAGAUGGGCAGGAUUGGGGGCGAGAGGUGGGAAGAGACGGGUGGGGGGCGAGGAGAAGGCAGGGGUAGGAGGCAAAGGGAACCUGAGGACCCGAAAGGUUGGAGGUGGGGUUGGAAAGCCUGGGGCUAUCCUGCGGGGAAGCGAGUCUGCAGCCUGAAACAGGUUUGUGGGGCUGGAAUAGAAACUCGGGGGAUUGGCGUUCAGAUGCUGACCACUUCCCUCUUCUCUGAGCAGUGUGACUUCACCGAAGACCAGACCGCAGAGUUCAAGGAGGCCUUCCAGCUGUUUGACCGAACAGGUGAUGGCAAGAUCCUGUACAGCCAGUGUGGGGACGUGAUGAGGGCCCUGGGCCAGAACCCUACCAACGCCGAGGUGCUCAAGGUCCUGGGGAACCCCAAGAGUGAUGAGAUGAACGUGAAGGUGCUGGACUUUGAGCACUUUCUGCCCAUGCUGCAGACAGUGGCCAAGAACAAGGACCAGGGCACCUAUGAGGAUUAUGUCGAAGGACUUCGGGUGUUUGACAAGGAAGGAAAUGGCACCGUCAUGGGUGCUGAAAUCCGGCAUGUUCUUGUCACACUGGGUGAGAAGAUGACAGAGGAAGAAGUAGAGAUGCUGGUGGCAGGGCACGAGGACAGCAAUGGUUGUAUCAACUAUGAAGAGCUCGUCCGCAUGGUGCUGAAUGGCUGAGGACCCUCCCAGUCUCCCGACCGUGCCUUUCCCUGUGUGAAUUUUGUAUCUAGCCUGAAGUUUCCCUAGGCUCUCUUGUCUCAGCACCUUUCCCAUCUUGUCUCUUGGAUGAUGUUUGCCGUCAGCAUUCACCAAAUAAACUUGCUCUCUGGGCC